CAAACAACUAGGACGAGUACACAGCGACUUGACGACACAACGACUGUAAUAUACAAAAUCAUCAUCAUCAUCCCGAUUUGGCAAAUCGCUACACAUAACCGUAGGAUCGUUUGAGGAUUUUGCGAAUCCAUUUUGAUCGAUUUCGUUUCGUAUAUAUAUAUAUACAUAGGCUCGCUUGCUUUCGACAUUCCUGUUGAUUUACACUCUCUUCUCUAACUACGUCGCGAACCCAAGGAAUCUGUGCCUGAUUCAGAAACUAGGGUUUACGCUAUCUUGGCGCUUCUAUCCAGUGGUUUCCAAUCCGUUACUGAACUGAGCAAUCAAUAAGAAAAGGUUGUCAAGUAGUAGUCACUGUGUAAUUGGGAGAAGAGAAUGGCAUCUUCAGACGAUGAGGAUGAGACUGUGCCACAUACUGUCUCAAACUACGAUUUUGUUGUUGACAAGGACGAGCCUAUUGCAUUUUCAGAGUUACCAGUUCAAUGGAAUGAGAGUGAGGGACUGGAUGGCAAGAGUAAACAGAUAUUCUUGCACGGGACUGCUGACAAUGGCCUUCAGAAAAUAUACAAGCAGGUCACAGCAUGGAAGUUUGAUCUUUCAGAUGUGAAGCCAGAGAUCGCGGUGCUGUCUAAGGAAAACAACUGGAUCUACCUUCAAAGGCCUAGAAAGAGUUUUGAGGAGACCAUUAGGACAAUCUUGAUCACUGUGCACUGCCUACAUUUUGUGAAGAAGAAUCCUGAAACCUCUGGGAGAUCUUUGUGGGAUUACUUGUCUAAAGUUUUCAGCUUGUACGAGGUCAGACCUUCUGAGAAUGAUCUGAUAGAUCACACAACUUUAAUCAGUGAAGCUGUUAAAAGGGAUGAAACAUUGGCAAAAUCCAAGUUUUUAGUUACAUUUCUCGAGGCGAAGCCCCGGAAGAAGAAAGUUUUUGAUGAGGAUAUUUUAACUACUGCAAAGGCUGGGUUUAUUGUUGAUGAUGAUAUGAUAGAUGAAUUUGAAGAAGAUGAUGGGUCUGAUGAAGAAGAAGACCUAUUUGAUUCUGUUUGUUCAAUUUGUGAUAAUGGUGGAGACCUUUUGUGUUGUGAAGGAAGGUGCAUGAGGUCAUUUCAUGCUACGGUGGAGGCUGGUUCUGAAUCCGCGUGUGAAUCUCUCGGCCUUUCUGACGAACAAGUUGAAGCAAUACAGAAUUUUUUCUGUAAAAAUUGUCAAUACAAGAAACAUCAGUGCUUCGCUUGUGGGGAGUUAGGCUCUUCUGAUAAAUUGUCUGGUGCAGAGGUCUUUCCCUGUGUUUCUGCAACAUGUGGCCGUUUUUACCAUCCACAUUGUGUUGCAAAACUGCUCCAUCAUGGGAGUGCUGCUGAGGCAGAAGAGCUUCAGAAGAAGAUUGCUGCUGGGGAAUCUUUCACCUGUCCUAUUCAUAAAUGCUCUGUCUGCAAACUGGGUGAAAAUAAGAUGGAUCCUGCUUUGCAAUUUGCUGUAUGCAGGCGCUGUCCCAAGUCAUUCCACAAAAAAUGCUUGCCUACGAAGAUUGCUUUUGAAGAUGAUGAGGAUCAGGGCAUCGUACAAAGGGCUUGGGAAGGUCUUAUUCCAAACCGUAUUUUGAUAUAUUGCUUAGAACAUCUGAUUGAUGAUGAACUUUGUACUCCGGAUAGAAACCACAUAAAGUUUCCAGAUGAUGGACAACAAAAGAAAAAACAAGCAUCACAACAACUGUCAAGCAAAGUUAAAGUUCUGCAGAAGGAGAGAAAUCUGGCUUCACAAGAUGCUCCCAGAAAGAGAACUCAUGAGAAAGUGCAGAAAGGGGUUGAUUUGUCUUCAAAUAUCAAAGAGGGCAAUUCUUCUGAAAAAAGGGUGAGAUUAUCGACUGGUCUUGAUACUUCAAAGAAACAAAAAGUGGCAGAUACAUCCAGAAGGCCUUUGAACAACACUGCUGCAACAAAAGUCGGGAAGUCUACCACCGAUGCGAAUAGGGCUUCCUUGGGAGAGAGGUUGUAUGCCUUGAUCAACAAGGAUUCUAGGAACGAGGACACAUCUGAUAGUGAACAUAAGCAAACCCUGCCUGACAAGCCUGUUGCAAAGGAAAUGAGCAGUUCAGUGCCUUUAGAUGAUGAUAGAAAACGGAGAAUAUUGGCGUUAAUGAAAGAUGCUACAUCUUCAAUAACACUGGAAGAGAUAACAAAAAAGCACAAAGUGCCAGUAACCCAUGCCUACUCAUCAAAAAAUGUGGUGGAUAAGGCCAUUACUUUGGGAAAGGUGGAGGGUUCUGUUGAGGCUCUUCGUGCAGCUUUACAGAAGCUAGAACAAGGUUGCAGCAUUGAAGACGCAACGGCUGUGUUUCAACCUGUUCUUCUGCACCAGAUGGUUAGGUGGAAGAACAAGCUAAAAGUGUACCUUGCACCAUUUCUCUAUGGCAUGCGCUAUACAUCUUUUGGACGCCAUUUUACUAAAGUGGACAAGCUAAAAGAGAUUGUUGAUGUUCUUCAUUCUUAUGUACAAAAUGGUGAUAUGAUAGUUGACUUCUGUUGCGGAGCUAAUGAUUUCAGUUGUCUCAUGAAGAAGAAGCUUGAUGAGACAGGAAAGAAGAAGUGCUCAUACAAAAACUAUGAUAUUUUACAACCAAAGAAUGACUUUAACUUUGAGGAGAGGGAUUGGAUGAGUGUCAAACUGAAAGAAUUGCCACCAGGGUCACAAUUGAUCAUGGGGCUAAAUCCCCCUUUUGGAGUAAAUGCUGCCCUUGCAAAUAAGUUCAUUGAUAAGGCUCUCGAGUUUAAGCCAAAGCUCCUUAUCCUAAUUGUUCCUAAAGAGACAGAGAGGUUGGAUAAAAAGGGUUAUGAUCUGAUCUGGGAGAAUAAUGAGUUGCUUGCUGGCAAGUCAUUUUAUUUACCUGGUUCUGUUGACAUAAAUGACAACCAAUUAGAGGAUUGGAAUGUGAGUACACCACCGCUCUACCUUUGGAGUCACCCCGAUUGGACCGCUAAACACAAGGCAAUUGCUCAACGGCAGGGACACUUGGCCAGGGAACAAAAACAGUCCCAUUUAGAAGUUCAUGACAAACCACUGGUCCCUGAUCAUCCAAUGAAGGAUCAUGAACCUAAUGGCCAAACUUCGGUGGCAUUGGAUGAUCAUCCUGUUCAAAAUGAAGUGCAUGAACAGCUCCAAGAAAGACAAGCAAGUGUGUCUGAAAGUCAUAAAGAAGGCCUCCCUCGUGGUAAUGGUGGUAGAGAAGUACAUGAACAGAUCCAAGAAAGACGAGCAAGUGUGUCUGAAAGUCAUAAAGAAGGCCCCCCUCGUGGUAAUGGUGGUAGAGAAGUACAUGAACAGAUCCAAGAAAGACGAGCAAGUGUGUCUGAAAGUCAUAAAGAAGGCCCCCCUCGUGGUAAUGGUGGUAGAGAAGUACAUGAACAGAUCCAAGAAAGACGAGCAAGUGUGUCUGAAAGUCAUAAAGAAGGCCCCCCUCGUGGUAAUGGUGGUAGAGAAGUACAUGAACAGAUCCAAGAAAGACGAGCAAGUGUGUCUGAAAGUCAUAAAGAAGGCCCCCCUCGUGGUAAUGGUGGUAGAGAAGUACAUGAACAGAUCCAAGAAAGACGAGCAAGUGUGUCUGAAAGUCAUAAAGAAGGCCCCCCUCGUGGUAAUGGUGGUAGAGAAGUACAUGAACAGAUCCAAGAAAGACGAGCAAGUGUGUCUGAAAGUCAUAAAGAAGGCCCCCCUCGUGGUAAUGGUGGUAGAGAAGUACAUGAACAGAUCCAAGAAAGACGAGCAAGUGUGUCUGAAAGUCAUAAAGAAGGCCCCCCUCGUGGUAAUGGUGGUAGAGAAGUACAUGAACAGAUCCAAGAAAGACGAGCAAGUGUGUCUGAAAGUCAUAAAGAAGGCCCCCCUCGUGGUAAUGGUGGUAGAGAAGUACAUGAACAGAUCCAAGAAAGACGAGCAAGUGUGUCUGAAAGUCAUAAAGAAGGCCCCCCUCGUGGUAAUGGUGGUAGAGAAGUACAUGAACAGAUCCAAGAAAGACGAGCAAGUGUGUCUGAAAGUCAUAAAGAAGGCCCCCCUCGUGGUAAUGGUGGUAGAGAAGUACAUGAACAGAUCCAAGAAAGACGAGCAAGUGUGUCUGAAAGUCAUAAAGAAGACCUCCCUCGUGGUAAUGGUGGCAGAGAAGUCCACGAGAAUCGUAACCAUGGGCAAAAUCGAUUUAAUCGGGAUUCAAAGAAGAAGAAGAAGAAGCAUGGUGGUAAAAAGAACGGGAAAGGAUUUGGCCAGACACCACAGAAAACCAAAGAGAGAGGACGAAGUUCUCCUGCAAGCAAGAUGUAUGACAGAGUACCCCGAUGUUCCCCACCCAAUUCAUCCAGACCUCUAGAGGUUCUCAAGGAAGGUGAUCGACAUUUUGAUCAGAGUGUAGAUGGGUCACGAUCACACUAUCGAACAGGAUAUGAGGGGUCUCCUGCUGACGACAUUGCAAGACGAUAUGGAUUGAACAGCGAGGGGCCUUAUUCAGGUCCUGGACCUGAUUAUGGGGUCCGAAACCCAGAGGGACAGUUUGGAGGCUACCAGAGGGAGAGCACAGAGAGCCGUGUUUAUAGACCUUAUGUCAGUGGGAUAGAAGAUACCUAUGCAAGAGAGUCAGCAAUGAGAUCACAGGCUGGACUCUAUGGGCAACAAGGUCCCAAUACGUUUGGUCAAAGAAGCGGCUUUUUGGCAGGUCAGGAUCCUGGGUUUUCUUCUUACAGCUAUCUGGG